AUGACCGCUAGACCAACAGCGCAGAGGCUGCUUCGCCUCUCCUCUAGACCAAUGUCAACCCACACGACAGCAGCCUCCGCGCCCGCAGAGGCAGCCGCUGCCAACCCGGCCCACAACCAGAUAAUGAAGCUCCCCGACGGCCGCACGCUCGGCUUCGCCGAGUACGGCGACCCUCGCGGACUCAAGACACUACUCUACUUCCACGGGUACCCUUCCUCGCGCGUCGAGGCCAAGGCGCUGCACCGCCUCGCCGCCGUGCACUCCAUCCGCGUGCUCGCCCUCGACCGCCCCGGCUACGGCCUCUCCACGCCGCAACCACGCCGCCAGCUCCUCGACUGGCCGCGCGACGUCGCCGCCUUCGCCGACCGCCAGGGCCUCGACCGCUUCGCCGUGCUCGGCGCCUCCGGCGGCGGGCCCUUCGCCGUCGUGCUCGCGAAUCGCUGCCCGGGCUUGCUGGCCGCCGCCACGGCGGCGGCGCUGCGCGUCGUGCGCUGGCUGGUGGGCACGCGGUUCGUCGAACAGCGGCUGGACGCCUGGCUGGAGCUGGCGACGCGGCAAGCGCGCGACAAGGAGGCCCGGCGGCUGGAGAGGGACCCGGGCGCGCGGCCGAGCCUGGUCGUGGGGACGGCGGAGGAGGACGGGCGGCGGGUGGCGGAGCGGCGGGUGGCGCUGCUCGAUUUGCUGGUCGGCGAGCCGUUCGCGCAGGGGCCGGACGGCGCGGUGCAGGAAGCGCGCAUCCUGACCGAUGACGACUGGGGGUUUCGGCUGGAGGAGGUCGGCGUGCCGAUCAAGAUCUGGCACGGCGCAAAGGACACAAACGCUCCGAUCGAGGCCAUUCGCUACCUCGCGGACAGACUGCCCCGCGCGGAGCUGCACGAGUUUGCGGAGGACACGCACUACACGAUGGGUGAUCACGUCGAGGAGGCGGUACUGGAUUUGAUGGGCGAGAACAAUGGCGAGGAGAAAGUAUAA